UCAACUUCCCAUGCGUGACAACGGAACGUUAGCUUAACACAAUUCUAUCAAAUUACUGAAACACAAAAUACGUUUGCACGUUUAGUAACAAACUCGAAACGUAACGACAGCUAGUGCGGAGUAAACAGCUACAUACAACGGUAAGACGUCCAGCUUCGACUGUAAGAACCUAUGUGCCUGAGAGUCUGACACGUGUCUGUUCAAUGGCUACCUCAGGCUCCACCUCUUCUGCUUCCAUCACCGCCGCUGUGCCUGAGGGUUUCCAUUAUGAAACCAAGUACAUUGUGCUCAACUACCUGGGAAUGCUGCCUGCUUGUAGAUCACAGGCACUGACCACGGCUCAAGGAGAGGCCCAGAGUGCGGGAGAGAGGACCACAAUGAUAAAAGGACAGAUAGAGGAAGAACUGAGGCAACUGGAAGAUGAAAUCGCUGCCUCCUUUUCCACUACAGGCUUUGACCAGCACACAUCGCUGGUGUUCAAUCCGGCCAACCCAGAGACCUCCAUCGAAGACUGCCUUGCUGCAGCGGGUGACCGGGUGGCCAGAGAGCUUGACACACACCUGGCAGCAGCUGUACACACACUCCUCACAGGGCCGCUGGACUACCAGAAAUUUAGAGACACAACAGUGGAUCUCUCAACACACACACGGGGAGGCUGGGACAAGGUGCUAGUGCCUUUGGUCCUGCUCCAGGCUUUGCAAAGUGAAGGCCAGGCAUUGUCAACUCUGUUGCAUCUGGGGUUGCGCUUCCUAGAGGAGGAUGCAGCUGACUGCAUCAUCCAGCAAGGGGGAUGGAGUGAAAUAUUCAGCCUUGAGUCAGAGGAGGAGCAAGGUGAAACCAUCGCUGAAGACAGCAACGACAUUUACAUCCUCUCAGGGGAGCAGCAUCCUGACCAGCUCAGCCCCCCCUCCUCGCUGAUCUGCACUGGAGACAACAGCAGUGAGCAGAGCUCCUGGCAGACGGAAAGCUUACCUGUGUCUCUGGCUGGCCACGAGUCUUGGGCACAGGUUUGUGCGAUGGACCCUGAAGACGUCAAGAGCCUGGACAGCAAUGAGGGCGUAGCUCUGGCUGAGGAGCGCAGCGAAAACAACUCCUCAAAUUCGGACAUUGUCCACGUGGAGCGUGAGGACGCCGAGCUGCUCGAGGAAGGCGGCGAAGUGGGAGCAAUAGAAGACAGCAUGAUGAGUGUUUUAGGCACCGAGAGCGAGCUGGCCGAGCUCAGGGAAGAAUUUAGGGACCAGACUCCACCUGUUCCAGACUCCACAGCCCCGGCCUCCCUGCUUUCAUUAGAGGAACCAGUUGUAAUAGAGACACCUGCAAUGUUGUCGGCAGAGCCUUCUCUCACCACCUCAGAACCAGAGCUGCUUCCCCUGCUCCCAGAAGCUGCUGCUCCCCCUCCCUCUGAGCCAGAACCUGCAGCACCCUUAUCUGUUCCUGCAGUAGAACCAGAGACUGAGCCACAACCAGCUGCUACCACUGCCCCAGUGCCUGCCGAGGUGGCACCCCCAUCUCUGGCCAAGGAAACCCCGGCAGCACCAAUAGAGCCGGAAGUCACCUCAGAACCACCUUCUGAACCAGAACAGGAGCCGGAGCCCUUCACAGUGCCUCCCCAGCCAGAACCAGAGACCGUGGCAGAGCCAGCGGCCCUGCUGGCUGCACCCCCGAUCCUAGAGCCCCCUGUAGAAGCCCCAGCUGAGGAGCCCCCAGUGCAGCCAGAAUCAGAGCUCUCAGCGCUGCUUUAUGGAGGAGCUGCACUGGUGGCCCUCGCUGCUGUUAUGGCAUACGGUGUCAUAAGCUACAGGAGGAAGUAAAGAAGUAUCUUUCUCAGGGGAGGCACAAAUACAAGAUGUUACGGUAGAAAUAAAUGUAUUAGUAUACACA